CGUGGCAUGGGUGCCAGACAGGACUGGCAUGCGGGUUCUCUCUUGGAGGAUGCGCCUCGCGGGCAGCGCUCCCAACCAAGUUAAGACUCGGUGGAAGCCCAGCCGUCUCCUGGUGGCAACGCCCGGGAGGGCUGCUUGGAGGCGGCAGCCUUGGUUUCUGUCUGCCUGAGAUCGUGAGACAGACACCCGCGGGCGCCUGCGGAGCCCCCCCCCCACCCCUCCGGUACACGACGCAGGUAGAAGGGCUGGGAGGGAGCGAGCAUCGGGACGCCCCAGCGUGCCCCGGGCACUCCCCUCCGUCUAGACGCUCUGAGGGACGAGAGGAGACGGCCCGUAGGCCGCCCACGCCCCGGCUUGCUCCGAGCGCGCCUCGCCGCUGUCCCGAGACUGGGAGAGACGCCGUCCUGCGAGCUGCCGGCAGCUGCUUGCUUCUGCAUCACUGGACCGCCCCCAGCUACUGAGCCCCUUGUGUUCCCUUUCCUCGCUGCCAGUGCCUCCGGGAUGCUUGUGUCGUGCCAAACUGUCUCGACCACGGGGAUGGCUCUGUUUUAGGUGUCCGUGUCUUUUGAAGAUGUCUCUAUGAACUUCACCAAAGGCGAGUGGAAGCUCCUGGGUUUAAAGCAAAAGGUUCUCUACAGACAAGUGAUGCUGGAGAACUACCACCACCUGGUGUCUCUGGGACUCGCAUCCUCUAAGCCUGACCUGAUUGCCUGGUUGGAACGAGGCAAGCAGCCCUUGCUAGCAACCCCCUGCACGUGGGGCACAGUGGUGCAGGAAGGUGACAGGCUGAAGAGCAAGUCACGGGUUUCCAAGCAGAAGCCCGGCUCCAAGGAACCACAAGAGACCAAUCUCCCACAUGGCGGUGAGGGCCAGCCGGCCAGCCAGCCAGAGAGAGCACUAACUCCUGGAGGGAAACGGGUUGAUGCUCCAAAGCCAGGUUUUGUGGGGGGUGGUCCUGGCAGCAAGAAAGACACAGGCGGCCCUGCGGCUAAGGAGGGAGAGGGUGUGCAGGGGAGAAAGCGCCGAGAGAGACAGAAAGCACGCCCCAGGCCCAAGCGCCCCCAAAGCACCGAUAAGCUGUUCCUCUGUGAGCAGUGCGGGAAAUGCUUCAACCGAAGCUCCAACCUCAUCAAGCACUGGAUCAUCCACAGUACCGAGAAGCCGUACGAGUGCUCCGUGUGUGGGAGGCUGUUCCGGAGAAGCUCCGCCCUCCAGGAGCACGAGCGCAUCCACAGUGGGGAGAAACCCUACAGCUGCGCUGAGUGUGGGAAGACGUUUACCCGCAGCUCCAACCUCAUCAAACACCAGGUCAUCCACAGCGGGGAGAAGCCCUUCAAGUGUCCCGAAUGUGGGAAACUCUUCCGCCGCAGCUUUGCGCUCAUGGAGCACCAGCGCACCCACAGCGGUGAGAGGCCAUAUGCCUGCCCUGAGUGCGGGAAGUCCUUCAGCCGGAGCUCCAACCUCAUUGAGCACCGGCGAAUCCACAGCGGCAAGAAGCCGUACACAUGCAGCGAGUGUUCUAAGGCCUUCAAGGGGAUCUCCCAGCUCAUCCACCACCAGAACGUCCACAGGGAAGAGAAGGCGUUCUCAUGCCAGGAGUGUGGAAAGGCCUUCCAGGGUCGCUCAGGCCUCAGCCAGCACCGGCGCGUGCACAGAGACGAGCAGCCCUACAAGUGCAGCCGCUGUGGGAAGGUCUUCAGCAGACGCCCCAACCUCCUCAAACACCAGCUGCUUCACGACAAGGAGCAGCCCGGCCACUGCUAGCCACCACAGGAUCGCAAGAAACAGUGUGCAGCGAGCAAGGUGAGUUUUUUGAGGAGACCAAAGGUCAGUCACCUUCAGAAAUGCAUGGCAGGAUCGUGGCUGGGAAGGCUGUCUCCUCCACCUGCAGAAAACCCACCAUGGCUGUUAACCGAAACGUUGGUGGUUCGUGCCCACCCAGAGACGCUAGUUGUGUAAAAACACAAAAAAGAAAAGGGAGUGUGCACCACACCGGGGAGCUUGAUGGCGAUGAUGAGGCAGGCAAAGGAAGGAAUGGAGGCAAGCCAGUUGGUCUUAAUCGCAGUUUAUUCCAUUCCCAUCUCCAUUCUCCUCUGAUUCUCCUCCUGCUUCUUCCUCCCCCAUGCUACUUCAUUCUCCUUCUCCUCUGGAUCUGGAUUUCUAUCUGGCUUCUCCAGAUCUGGCUCUGGGACUCGCACUGGGACUGGCCGGGGACAGGCCCCGGAACUGGCCCUGGAACUCGACAGCACUCGCCCCAGCCCACUCUCACAGCCUGGUUAAAUCCCUAAGAAUGAGGGGUUGGGGCUUACACAUAGGUGUGGUUACAAUCAGUAGGGAGUAAAGUUCUAUCCCUUAGGGGAUGCUUCCACUAGGACAGAAUCUCUUUCAGCAGGACACCCGCCCAAGAGCAGAAUCCCAUGGGUGUGUUUCUCCUCUCCUUGUCCAACUAACAUAUAAGUAUUCAUAUUAUAAAUCAUUUUGUAUGGACAUAGCAAGAGAUGCAUUAAGCUUAUAGAAUUGCUCUCCUGGGGACACCUCGAUCUCAGACUACAGUGCUCAGGGAAGAUUAGUCUUUCCUAGCCCUAGCAGGGUCCUAGUCUCGUCGUUGCUUUUGGAUCAUGACAUGACAUGUCCGUGACCAAUCUCUUAGCAUAUAGUUAAGCAUUAGGCACUUUGGCCAGGCCCAUCUCGAUGCCAGGGUAGCACAUAACUCACUACUUGCCCUGGGUCCAUCCCGUCCCUCGUCAGGACCCUGCUUUUGGGGGUGCUAGGAAUUAAGGGCAGCUGAGGCUUAAGUUGAGAAAGCAGAUGCCCGGGAGUGAAUAAUAUUUGAAGCCAAUUAAGUCCCAUGUUACCAAAGCAUAUUAACAAUUGUCUUUCUUUGUCCAUACAAAAAGGAUAUUGUUUUAAAGUAAACUAUUCAAAAGACAUAAGAGAGGAGAAAAACAAUAUUAACUUACAAUACAAGUUCACUGUCCUAGCAAGGUCUGACUUUACAAAUUAACAGAGUUUGAUUAGAGGAAGAGCAAAUAACUAGUUGGGGAAAGGAGCAUAGAAGUGAUUACAUAUAGACAAAGGAGUGGGAGUAACUCGGGAGCACCUUGAUGGGUGUGACUGAUAUACCUAAGCUCCUAGUGGCAAGGGGAGCAGGACAUACCAAUGUAGUCUAGAAUUGUUUAGGGAUUAUUACCAGAUAAGCCUAAACUCUGUGGCAAGGGAGAAAGGACAAACCAAUGAUAUCCAACACCAAAGGGCACAGAAAGUUUGGCUCCGGGCUUCACAGAAUAUGGCCAAUUCAGCCGCUCCCCUCCCAUCUCUCCUGCCCUGAAAACAGUCAUGCGUGCAUAGAGUGUGUGUUGGUCCUGCAAGAAGCACUCUGGCCUGCCACUUUAGGAGGAACAAGACACCGGUGCUGGGCUGAGCGAGGCGACAGUCUGGGGUAUCCCUCAUGCUCGCUGGCUCCAUCCAAUGACAGGUCAGUGUUUUCAGGUGGAAGACUCAUGAAACUCUUAUGUCCUUUAAGGGAUUCUCCAGAGUGGGGCCUUGAGAGAAUCCAAAGGCAUGGCUGUGGCAGGAGGCUGUGGACUGGACUGACAUCCAUUGAAUUCACCAGAAACACCUGGAAGUGACCGAGGAAGUAAACACAUGCCAGGCCGGGCCUGUCCUGCCAGCCUACAGGGAGAGGGUGCCUCCCCUGUCUACCCCUGCCAAGUGAACUGACCUUUGCCCCAAAGCUGCUGUUCAAAGGAGCCCAGCCCAGCCGCUUCUUCUGGGUGUCUGGGGGUCCCACGACGGCAGGGCGUGAGAACUUUGCCCUUCUCCCCAGAAGAAGCCUUUUCUCCCACUAGACUCCCACGGCACUCCCAUCCUGCAGGUGAGAAGGAGAAAUGCAGCCUGAUGCUGGUAUCCUGUCCCACAGCCUGUAUCUGACAGGUUCCAUGAGAUAAGUAUUUCUGUGCUCAGGGCUACAAGAGUGAAGCGCUUAUUAUCCCUAAAACAUUGGAAAUUCUCCCAAUGGACCUCAGACAGCAGAUGGGUCUCCAGUGGCCCAACAGCAUUUAUGGUGGCAAGGUAGGACAUUGCCAGCCCAGGGACAGGCUACCACAGUGGCACCCAGCCAAGGAAGCUUGUCUGGGAGUGAGUUGGUGCCCACUCCACAUUGCUUUGCCCAUCUGUGUCCAGAGCGCUGCCCUUAGAGCUUUCCUCCUGCGUCCUAAUGCACUGCCACCUCCUUCCAGGAGAGCAGUGCCAAGUGGGCGCUGAGCUGGAGUGCAUACUCGUCACCUUCCAUCCCUGCCAGACGGGAUGGUUCAAGACCCCAUAAACGGCACCCUCCUAGGCACACUUCUGGGCAUCCCCAUCACAAGGAUGCCUUCAGGAGGGAGUGACAGCCAGACCCGCUUUUAUACAGAGGUGGGAACUGAGAGCCUCGCUCUCAGCUUUCACACAACAGGCCUCUGUCUCCUGGUCCCGUGACUAUUGUCUUCUCUGCUGCCAAGGAUUUGGCCUCCGUAAAUCCUUGUUCCAUGGUUACUGUUUAGCAGGAGAACCCUAGCCAGAUCUCAGGCUCCCCGGAAGAAAGUAAGGGCAGGGCUUAGAGCUUUGAGCUCCCAUGGAGCUCGUGGAAUCCACAGGGUUACUUUUUGAGGUCCCACCUGUGUGCAGGUGGGGCAGCUUUCCCCACCCCCUGCACACAGCUUAGGGCAUCACAAUGCUGGGCUCUGCCCUGUGGCUGUGGGUACUGCAGUGACCCCACAUUCUGCUGUGCCAGGCUUGGUUCUUGAUGAGGCUCGAUUCUCCCAGACUCCAAGGAAAUGGUUCUGGGGGAAGGAGGGUGAGAACUGAGGCCAUUCUGGAGUCCAGGUGUUCCCCACACCCCGGGAUAUCAACAAUGGGUGUCUUCAUGCUCACAGGGCCUCCCACUCCUCAGACUCUUCCCCCUUGCUUGCUGUUUACUGCUGGAUCUGUAUCGGGCCAGCACCCUUGGUAUGAAUGAGGCUGCACUGUGUCUUUCUCUGGCAGCUUUGGGGAUGCCGUACAGUCACCCAAGAAGCAGAGGAGUUCCGCUGCAUGUCCACCAUGAAACCAUCAUGCAGGGAAGACAGUGAACGUGUCCAUCCUUCGCCACCCAGUGCUGCCACCCGACCCUCCCUGUGCUCAGAUUGUCAUGUGGGAAAUAGUCCUCCCGGGUGAUCCACACUCACUGCUCCCCAACUCACUACCUCCCCCAAACACCUGCCCACAGCCGUGACA